AUGACAUUCAUGUCCGAGAAUUUAGCACAAAUUCUGCUCGUAAAACGAAUUCGUAUGCCGAUCUCCGUUUCGGCCGUCGGCGACGCGGAUCCGACGAGUCCCGAUCCUAUCAAUCUCAUUAUCGCCGCAGACCUCUACAACGAUAUAAUUCUCGACGGUGUUCGCAAAGGAGGCGUCGGACAGCCUAUCGCUCAGAAUUCCAUCCUCGGAUGGAUAAUUUCGGGACCUAUUACGUCAUCACUAACUAAUGAUCCCUCGUUGCCGACAAUUCUUUCCGGAAACUGCGCUCUCAGUCGCGUUUCGACACAUCAUAUUAUCGGCUCUCCGCUCGAAGAGGAAUUUCGGCGAUUCGGGGAGGUCGAAGAACUCCCACGACAAACUCAUCUCACAUCGCAAGACAAGCAGUGUGAAGAGCAUUUUCGCUCAACUCACUCUCGCGAUUCUGACGGACGGUAUAUCGUGCGACUACCGUUCAAGAAGGGUCCUCCGAUCGAAAUCGGACAUUCAAGGCUUUGCGCGGAAAAAUUGCUAAAGGCAUCACUCUGCAGAGUUCGCAACAAACCGGAAGUCGCGAAAAAAUAUCGCGAAUUCAUGUCUGAUUAUCAACGGCUUGGGCAUAUGCGGCCCGCGCCGACAGCUCAAAGUCAAAUCGAACAACAUGUUUAUCUCCCACAUCACGGGGUUAUCCGGGAAAGUAGCUCUACCACGCGUCUUCGCGUUGUUUUCAACGCAUCGAGCGUUACUUCUAACAGCACAUCUUUAAAUGAUCAUUUAAACGCCGGGCCGAAAUUACAAACCGAUCUAAUGUUAGUCAUCCUACAAUGGCGCAGAUAUAAAUACGUCUAUUCAUCCGAUAUCGUGAAAAUGUAUCGCUAG